AUAAAGUUGCCGGGGGAGUAUGGGGUUCAGGGAGAGGACAGAACACUAUGCAGAGGAUCUGAAGAGAGGAGCAGACCCAGCAGAAAUCCAUUGAACAUAAAGAACAUGUUUUCCAAGGGAGAGCUGGUCAAGAUGCCACUAUAAACACUGGAAAACUACCAAAAGACCUACAGCUGGUCUGCGUGCCUGUAUGGGUUGCCUUAGAGACGGAGAAGACAGACAGGAACAACAACAGAAGCUGACCCUAUAGCUCCAUACAACCUCUCUCUCUCUCUCUCUCUCUCUCUCUCUCUCUAACAACCUCUAUUGGAUAUAUGGGUGUCCAGAAGAGGCUUUCCUGACAUUUAGAUUCCCUAGAUAACAUUAUACUGUAUUGGACCAAUCAGAUGGAACUGCAUUUAUGACUAAGAGGGAGUGUUUCACGGGACGUACCUGAGCUCAAGGAAUUUGCUCAUACCGGGAACCAAAGUGGAUACAGUGACAAUCCAUCUAGAACAGUAUGCCAGAGAGGGUGUAUGGGUUCCAGGGGCAGAGUUUCCACAAGCUGAAGAGGGCGUGUCUGCGGCGGGGCAAGCUCUUCCAGGACCCCCUCUUCCCCCCCUCUGCACUGUCACUCUUCUACAAACGAGACCCGCCCCCUGGACUCACAUGGAAGAGACCACGGGAGCUGUGUAAGGACCCUCGUCUCUUUGUGGACGGCAUCAGCACGCGGGAUCUGCACCAAGGCAGUCUGGGUAACUGCUGGAUGGUGGCGGCAACUUCCUGUCUGGCCUCAGAACCCUCACUUUGGAAGAAGGUGAUUCCUGACCACGCGGAGCAGGAGUGGAACCUCAAGCGUCCCGACCUGUACGCCGGAAUCUUCCACUUCCGCUUCUGGCGGCUGGGGCGCUGGACAGACGUGGUGGUGGACGACCGCCUGCCGGUCAGUGAGGAUGGAACGCUGCUCUUCUGCCGCUCAGCCACGCCACGGGAGUUCUGGAGCGCCCUGCUGGAGAAGGCCUACGCCAAGUUGAACGGCUGCUAUGAGGCGUUGGAAGGAGGUAACACGGCAGAGGCCCUGAUCGACUUCACAGGGGGUGUGUCAGAGCCCCUAAGCCUGGACAGGGAGGCCCUCACCCUUCACCUCAAUCAGAGGAAGGCACUGUUCCAGACCCUGGCCAAGGCUCAUGGACGCAGAGCCCUCAUCACCUGCUCCAUACGGCCAGCGGAGGGGGAGACAGUAGAGUCAGUACUAGACUGUGGUCUGGUGCGGGGCCAUGCCUACGGUAUCACCGCGGUGAGGAAAGUGCGUCUGGGGGAGUGGUCGCUGCUGGGUGGCUGUGGUGUUCGCCUCUGCAUGGUGCGCAUGAGGAACCCAUGGGGUACAGCCGACUGGACCGGGCCCUGGAGUCAGGGGUCUCAACAUUGGCAGCGGGUUGGUCGUGGUGAAAGGGAGAAGAUGGGCCUCAUAGUCAGAGAUGUGGGGGAGUUCUGGAUGGAGUUUGAGGACUUCUGCCGCUACUUCACAGACGUGGUGGUGUGUCGUCUGGUAGAACGAUCCCUGCUGUGGCCCAGAACUCACUGGAGAGAAGUACGCUGCCCUGGGGAGUGGGCUCCAGCCCCUAACACCCCCGGCACCACCCUCCUCUCCAGGCGCCAGGCACCCAAUCUGGGGAAGAAUGCUGCCAAGCCUGGGGGGUUGAACCCGACUCAGAGAGGGGACCGGAAAGAGGCAAGACUGGGGGAGAGACAGAGGGGUGGAGGAGGAGGAGGAGGAGGAGGUCGAGCUGUUCGUGGUGGGGGGAGGGAAAAAAUGGUUGUUGCGAAAGAAGGGGAGAAGAAGACGAAGAGGAAGGAGGAGGGGGUGAAGAAGGAGGGAGAGGUGGAUGGAGGAUGGGAUGAACAGACUGAUAAGAAGAGUAGGUGUGGAGGAUGCAUCAACCACAAAGACACUUUUUUACACAAUCCCCAGUUCAUGUUUGAGGUGCAGGGAAAGGAGGAUGAGGUGUUGAUCUGUCUGCAGCAGGAGGACAGGAGGAUAAAGAGGAAGGAUGGAGGAGGAGAGAAUCUGCCCAUCGGCUUCGAGGUGCUGAGGGUGGAGGUGAACCGGCUAAGCCGUGUGCAGUGUGUGGUGGAGCAGGCAGCGAGCUCUGUGUACAUGGACUCCCGUAGUGUGGCCCUGCGAGUGUCCCUGGGCCCCGGCCGCUAUGCCCUCCUGCCCACCACCUUCCAGCCCGGGGCCACCGGACGCUUCCUGAUACGCCUCUUCUCACAUUCCCACCUCAGACUCAGUGAGUUGAGAGAGGAGUUGCCUGCUCCCUCACUGUGGCAGUGUUGUCUUCCCCAGCCCAGUAUAGUAACCACCGUCCACUUACGUCGAGCAUCUGGACUCAGCCAGCCUAAACAGACAGCACCAGAUGUGUAUGCGGUGAUCUGGUGUGAGGACGACACCAUAAGAACACGUGUGUUCAAGGAGGAUGGAAACCCAGAGUUCAACAUCAGGGCCAUUUUCUACAGGAGAAACCCAGACGCACAUAUUAGCAUUGAGUUGUGGAGCUAUGGUCUACUGUGGGACACACUACUGGGCGGGGCUCGGCUCCAGACUAGCGACAGUGAGAAGGGGCGGAGCCGAGUGAUUGACCUGCAGGGUGGCCAAUCACGGUCAGGAUCCAGGGGCUGUAUCUAUGUGGAAACCUCAUCCAGCGAAUGCCUAACAGACUUAUAACUGACAGCUGUGGCUUGUACCACCCAUGAUGCAACCAUGCAAUCACUGAUUUUCUGGAAGAGGCUGCAGAUUUGGACGAAAAUGUAUCGGGUUCAAUAGCUUUAUCCAUUGGAACUACCAUAAAUAACAAAGACAAAUACCUCUUUGAAUGAACUUAAUGCAUAUACACUGAACAAAAAUAUAAUUGCAACAUCUUUCAUGAGCUGAAAUAAAAAGAUUCUAGAAAUGUUCCAUAUGCACAAAAAGCUAAUUUCUCUAAAAUGUUGUGCACAAAUUUGUUUACAUUGAUAUUAGUGAGCAUUUCUCCUUUGCCAAGAUAAUCCAUCCACCUGACAGGUGUGGCAUAUCAAGGUGCACCUUGUGCUGGGGACAAUAAAUGGCCACUCUAAAAUGUGCAAUUUUGUCACACAGCACAAUGCCACAGAUGUCUCAAGUUGAGGGAGAGUGCAAUUGGCAUGUUGACUGGAGGAACAUCCACCAGAGCUUUUGCCAGAGAAUUGAAAGUUAAUUUCUUUGCCAUAAGCUGCCUCCAACAUUGUUUUAGAGAAUUUGGUGGUAUAUCCAACCGGUCUCACAACUUGUGUGGUGGGCGAGUGGUUAUCUGAUGUCAACAUUGUGGUACAGAGCGCCCCAGGGUGGCGGUGGGGCUAUGAUACGGGCAGGCAUAAGCUACGGACAAUGAAAACAAUUACAAUUUAUCGAUGGCAAUUUGAAUGCACAGAGAUACCGUGACGAGAUCCUGAGGCCCAUUGUCAUGCCAUUCUUCUGCCGCCAUCACCUCAUGUUUCAGCAUGACAAUGCACGGCCCCAUGGCGCAAGAAUCUGUACACAAUUCCUGGAAGCUGAAAAUGUCCCAGUUCUUUGAUGGCCUGCAUACUCACCAUGUCAUUCAUUGAGCAUAUUUGGGAUGCUCUGGAUCGAAGUGUACAACAGCGUGUUCCAGUUCCCACCAAUAUCCAGCAACUUCGCACAGGCUUUGAAGAGGAGUGGUACAACAUUCCACAGGCCACAAUCAACAACAUGAUCAACUUCAUGCGAAGAAAAUGUGUCGUGCUGCAUGAGGCAAAUGGUGGUCACACCAGAUACUGACUGGUUUUCAGAUCCACACCCAUAUUUUUUUUUUUUACCUCUUAAAGAUCGGACCUUUUUUCCCCAAUUUUAGCCUAAAAUGACAUACCCAAAUCUAACUGCCUGUAGCUCAGAACCUGACGCAAGGAUAUGCAUAUUCUUGAUACCACCUUUUUUUCAAGGUAUCUGUAACCAACAGAUGCAUAUCUGUAUUCCAAGGCAUCCAUAGACUAGGGCCUAAAAACAUUUAUUUCAAUUGACCGAUUUCCUUCUAUGAACUGUAACUCAGUAAAAUCUUAGAAAUGGUUGCAUGUUGCAUUUCUAUAUUCCUUCAGUAUAGUUAGGAGAACUCAGCACAACUGAGUAAAGAGGUAUGAUUUGGAACACACAAGCACAGUGAUCAGUUUGCUGUUCACCUCUAGUGCAGUGGAGAUAAGUUCAUGUGUAAAAUACAUGCCCUAGUUUUACAUCUCUGCUGGUCAGACCUUAUAGGGCACAGCGUUAUCCUAAAACAAAAUAAUCAAACUGUGAAACAUUAUUGGUUCUGGACAGCUGCCAAGGUUAUUUGAAGUUGUGUACAUAAUACGAAGGUCGAAUCCCUUUUGCUGACUUGAGGGGACAAAUGUGUGCUAUCAUUAAAAUGUGUUUCACAAUACAAUGUCUUCUUUUUUCACAUGUAGGUAGGCACGAUAGGUAUGUGUGCAGGUCUAUGCUCCAAAAUAUGUAAAUACAUUAUUUGGGCUUUGCCACUGGCUCUUCUUACUGGCAGCUGUAUCAGCACGUACCUCAAUAACCAACUGGACACAGUUUGUCACAAGACUAAGCAUGAAAGUAAGUCGUACAAAAUCAAAUGACCCUUGAUUUGUGUUUUUGUUAACGAAUCUGCUUGUGAAAUACACACUAUUUUGUGUGUAUUAUUGUAAUUGAUUGAUUGAGAACAUCAGAAAUGUCUUUGCAUUAGGGGAGACUGGGGCUAGUUGUCACAAUGCUCAUCAUCAAAAACCUACAGACCGCUGUGAAUUCAUUUGAAAUAUGUACCAUCUUAAAAAAUAUGUUUAUAAUUUAGAUUAAAAAAGAUACCCAUUGCACAAAAACUGGUGGAAUCAGCGUUGUUUCAACGUAAUUCAAAAUCAAAUCAAAUGUUAUUUGUCACAUACACAUGGUUAGCAGAUGUUAAUGCGAGUGUAGCGAAAUGCUUGUGCUUCUAGUUCCGACAAUGCAGUAAUAACCAACAAGUAAUCUAACUAACAAUUCCAAAACUACUGUCUUAUACACAGUGUAAGGGGAUAAAGAAUAUGUACAUAAGGAUAUAUGAAUGAGUGAUGGU